AUAGCCCCCAAACUUUGAAUUUUUUUCCAAAGACUUCACCUUUUCUUCCUUGCCUAAUAAGCUUUUUCUUUUUAGCUAUAUUUGACUAUUUAGAUCUCAACUUCCCUUUCUUUUCUUAGAGGAGAAGAAAAAAAAAAAAAUUGAGAGAGUAGCAAAACUUUGCAGAAAUGGCCAGUCAUUAUGAUCGUAACCCUUUUGCUGAAGAAGAAGAAGUUAACCCCUUUGCUGAUGGAGGAGGAAAAUCAAAAGGACAAUCAAAAUUUAGUGGAGGCGCAUUUUAUACCACAAGUAGUGUUCCUCCAGCGGCAAACUCGAGACUUUCACCCCUUCCACAUGAACCUGCUGAUUUCUAUGAUCGCGAUGCGCCUGUUGAUAUUCCACUUGACAGUUCUACGGACUUGAAAAAGAAAGAGAAGGAACUUCAGGCUAAGGAGAAUGAAUUGCGAAGGAGGGAACAGGAUCUGAGACGAAAAGAAGAGGCUGCUGCAAGAGCUGGCAUUGUUAUUGAGGCAAAAAAUUGGCCCCCAUUCUUCCCAAUUAUUCAUCAUGAUAUUGCAAAUGAAAUACCAGUUCAUUUGCAAAGGCUGCAAUAUGUCGCAUUUACUACCUUCUUGGGACUUUUUGCAUGCCUUUUAUGGAACAUCAUUGCUACCACUACAGCAUGGAUUAAAGAAGGAGAUGUAAAAAUCUGGUUCCUUUCAAUUAUUUACUUCAUAUCGGGGGUUCCUGGAGCCUAUUUUCUGUGGUAUCGUCCUCUUUAUCGUGCUUUCAGAACUGAGGGUGCUAUGAAGUUUGCAUGGUUUUUCUUGUUUUACUUGCUCCACAUCGCAUUCUGCGUCUUUGCGGCUGUUGCUCCUCCAGUAGUUUUCAGAGGAAAAUCGCUUACAGGCAUUCUACCUGCAGUAGAUCUCAUUGGCAAACAAGUACUUGUUGGGAUUUUCUAUUUCAUUGGUUUUGGGCUAUUUUGUCUUGAAUCCGUCUUGAGCAUAUGGGUUAUUCAGCAAGUAUACAUGUAUUUCCGAGGAAGUGGUAAGGCUGCAGAAAUGAAGCGUGAAGCUGCUAGAGGUGCCUUGAGGGCAGCAAUAUAAUGUUGUGUUGCCGAUAUAAGAUUUGGCCACUUCAGUCAGGCGGUUAUGCUUUGUUUCAUAUGUUUUAUCUAUAUAUAUGUAUAUGCCUUCAUUUGUACUACUAUGACCACAUUGGUUUUUAGGAAAAUUAUAGAGCUUAUUUCUGGUCAAAAACAAUCUUUGUGCAUGUAAAUCACCUUUCUUGAACUUGGCCUUUCUGUUUCUGCUCACAAUUUUUACGGUAAAUCAGGUAAAAGUUAUUUUGUUUUCA